AUGUCUUCAGUUUCUUCUUGCUCCCUUGGUACGACAUCCGUGUCUCAAAAGGAGGGAAAACUUGCCCGUAAUUAUUCAUGGUGGCCAUUGAUUGGAAUGUCGUUCUCUCUGACAAAUUCAUGGCUUGGAGUGUCUUCAUCGUUCGUUGUGGGACUUUCAGGUGCUGGUCAGCCAAUUGUUGUUUACGGCCUUAUAUUCGCUUUUGUGCUGACUUUAAUGUGUGGAUAUUCGCUUUCAGAAUUCUCCCGUUUACUUCCAAACAGUGCUGGAACCAGUUUCUGGACAUUUAAACUUCUCGAGAAAAAUGCGCCCGGUGAUGUCGAAGAGCUUUCGGUUACGAGGAAAGUAUCAAGUGCUCUUGAAAUUAGCAAAUCGGUUGACAAUGAGGGGAAAGUUAAAGAAAAUAGUGUCGUAAAUUUGAGUACUAUGUACUCGAAUAGCUGUACUUCAUCAUUUCAAAAGAAUAUGGCGAUAGCAGUCGGUUUGAUUAACUAUUUUGGCUGUGUAUUCACGACAGCAAGUAUUGUAUCUGCAUUGGUCUACAGUAUCAUGGGUAUUCACUCCAUUCUUCAUCCCUCUUUCGAGCUGAAACAGUGGCAUACUUUCAUAUUAUAUGAAAUCCUUACCGUUUUCUUAACCGUCUUCAAUUGCAAUUACAGAUGUUUACCAUUUUUGUCCUCUUUUGGGUUAGCUAUGUCACUUCUUUCAUAUGCCAUCACUUUUAUCCUCUGCUUAGUUUCACGAAGCAACUCCAUUUCGGAACAACCUUGGCCUAAAAGCGAGGACAUCUUCUACAAGUUCCACAAUAAUACCGGUUGGAAAUCUAAUGGAAUGGCAUUCGUGGUUAGCUUAAUCAAUCCAUUAUGGUCAUUCGUGGGGAUCGAUUCCGCAACACACAUGGUGGAUGAGGUUGGUCAUGUUGCAGCGCAAGUUUUGGUUCCUAAAGUCAUCAUAACUACAAUUUUCAUAGGUUUCAUUACGAGUUUUUCUUAUUCUAUUGCGCUCUUUUACUGCGUUCGUGAUACAGCUGCCGUAUUAGAAUCAAUCGCACCAGUAGUGACAAUUUAUUAUCAGGCUACAGGAAAUAGAAACUUGGCGGUUUUCAUGCAAGCAUCUACCAUCGUGGCCGGAUUAACAUGCGGGGUUGCCAGUGGAACAUGGCAAUCAAGAAUGUUGUGGUCGCUAUCGAGAGAAAUGGAAACCAUGAGGCCAGAUGGAAUCUUAUCCGGAUUUGUAACAGCUAGGUUUGCAACUAUCGAUUCCGUCAACAAAGUUCCUUUAUAUGCGCACUUCUUCUCACAAGCACUAGUCGUGAUCAUUGGAUGCAUUAUGUUGGGCAGUACUAAGGCUUUCAAUGCUAUCGUAUCUGCUGCAGUGACGCUUUUAAUUGUGUCAUAUGCUAUUCCUAGUUUGAUUUUACUGGUUAGAGGCAGGAACAAAUUUAUUGCAAAGUGUGAAAGGGAAACUGCAAAUGAGACGGAUAUUGUACCAAAUAAAUACUCCAUGUGGCUUAAAAAAUGGGGUGUGAUCCCACAUACACUAACAGUAGCAUACGCAUUGUUUUGUGUUGUUAUGUUGUCUUUCCCUUAUGUGAAACCAGUUACCUCUUCCAACAUGAACUACGUCUCAGUCGUUUAUGGUGCUAUUGCCUUGAUAAUUGGGUUAGUUAUAUUGCUGUUUAAUAGCAUCCCGUAA